CGACAUGGCGAGCGGUCAGGAAGGCAAGGAAUCGCCCAGGGCAGCGCAGAAAUUGAAUCUGUCGUCGAGUCCGCAUCGGCGACGACGUUCCGGCGACGAAAACAUCGGAUCUGACGAGCUGCCCAUUUUUCCCAAUGGGUACGCCGCGCUCCUGCUCAAGUCGCCACCUCCAGCACCACCCGCCCUACUCAGGAGGAUAGGUGUAAAAGAGCUCACCGGAGUCGGCAAGGUUAAAGUAAUGUUGAGAGUUUCACCCGGAGAUGGAGGUAGUUUUUUCAACGCGGAUAAACGGAAAAAACAAGUUACAUUGGUGGAUCCAGCAUCGGGACAAUCUUCAUCGGCGGAAGAUCGGCGACCUACCGUGGCGGCGCCGAAGAUGUUCGCUUUUGAUGCCAUCUUUACUGAGGAAGAUUCUCAGACCGAGAUCUGUUCAAGCGCCUUGACGGACGUAAUCCACGCGGUCAUCAAUGGAACGGAUGGUUGCCUCUUUUGUUUCGGACACGCUGGCUUGGGCAAGUCUCAUACCAUGCUGGGAACUCCCGAGGCUGGUCACACACUGGGCGCAAUCCCUUGCGCCAUAGCGUGGCUCUUCCGCGGAAUUUCCGAGCAACGACAGAGAACCGGCGCCAGGUUCAGCGUCAGGGUCAGCUGCGUGGAAUUGACUACCGGUCAGCAACAACUGAGGGACCUGCUCGCGGCGCACGCGAACGACUCGGAACAAUCGCCGGCCGUGUAUCUCAGAGACGAUCCGCUGUUUGGUACCCUUCAAUUGCAGCAGCACAGCGAGCUUCGCGCGCCCACGGCUGAACGAGCGGCUUUCUACCUCGACGCGGCGGUCGCCGGUCGACAACGAGAGGACGGCGACGCUCACAUGCUGUACACGCUGCACGUGUAUCAGUACAGCGUAGCCGGAAAAGGUGGAGUUGCGGGCGGUAGAAGUCGGCUGCACUUGAUGGACCUUGGAAACUCAGACCGCGGCAAGUCCUCGGGCGGAAUACCUCUUUCCGGUCUCGGCAACAUUAUACUCGCGAUCUUCAACGGUCAGAAACACUUACCGUACAAAGAGCACAAACUCACCCAACUGUUGAAAGAAUGUCUCGGUUCUCUGACCUGCCACGCGGCUGUGAUAGCUCAUGUGUCACCCAACGCUCAGCACUACACGGAAACGCUCACCACCGUUCAAGUGGCGUCUAGGAUCCAUCGGAUGCGACGUCGAAAAGUCGGCAAGAUGGUCGGAAGCGGGACGCACGGGGCGGGAAGCGGCGGAAGUUCCGGCGAGGAAGCGGCGCGACAGAACAGCGAGUGCGAUCCGAGUUCGAGCGAUUUGUCGGCCGACACAGUCAUCUACGUGGGACCGAGCGCCGAUGACGCAACCGACGGCGAACAUCCGCCCGUUUACAUACCGAGUUUGAACUCGGGCGACAAUCGUUGCGCAAUGGGCAGAGUGCUUCGCGGCUCAGCCGCUGAGAAACCCUGCAAGUCUUCGGAGGAACGCAGUCCGGCUCACAAAUCCUCGAAGACGGUGAAGACGCUGACGCAAACCGCGUCGAAGCAGACCUCGCCGGCGCACAGCGCGACCCCAAAAGCGAGCCCGGCCAGAAAGAACUCGUCCAAGAGCGCAUCGACGUCCAAAGUGAACGAUUCGCCGAGUAGCAAAAUUCCAGUGGCCGCGCCUAGCGGCGCGUCCGACGAGCAGUGGAUCGACGGUCCGAGGAUUUCCAAGUCGAAAGUCGCGGAAGCCAGGCACUUGCUGAAAGAUCCUCACCACAAGCGAGAGACUUGGGUGGACGGACCGAUGCAGUUGACCGGCGCGCCGUUGCUGCAGCUUCACACUCAGCAUCAGCACGCGACCUCCGGUUACGGUUUCAUGGACAGUCACAAGAAGAGCAUGAUUAGGAAGUGGGUGGAGAAUCAAUCGUCGCAAAUACAAAGGGCGAAACAUGCCGCGCCGCGGCUCGAGUCUUCGAAGAUGACGUCUUCCGGCCAAUCGUCCGGUCAGUUCAAGGAGUUGACGCAGUUCAAGACUUGCAGCGGCAUUGAAGACGACGACACGUCGUUAUCAACCGCGGAAAGCGACAGCUUGAAGGCGAACGAGAUCGAAGAUAUAACCGAGAAGCUGAGCGCCAAGUUGAAUCUACUCAACGUCAAGUCCAACACGGAUUCGGGAUUGGAUUUAACGGCCAGUCCGGUGAUGGACGACAGCGUCGAUAAGGGAAAACUCGAUUUGCCGGACGACGAAGAUGACGACGAAGAAAUUGUCGUGCCGCCACCGUUGCCGCUGAUUGAACCGCUCAGCAAUGGAGUAAGCAGAGAGGUUUCCAUGGAAAGUCUCAAUCUAUCGCACAAGGAUAUCGUUCUUCCGUCGAGACAUUCGUUGUCUUCCGAAGACGAAAUUCUGGAGAUCGUCGAAGUGGAAGACUUGGAGCCGGUACCUAUGCAGGACUCGUGUCUGCAGGUGACCGAGGAGGACAUCGCACUCUGCAUGGGUGAGAAUCCUCUGCCCGAGAGCGAUCAGGAAGAACAUCCUUUAAGGAUUCUUAGCCAGGAAAAUCUCACCGUAGUGUCAACUUUCACAGACUCCAUGUCGGUGAUGUCGGACACAGAGAGAUACAGACCGCAUUAUCCGCCGCCGGUUGGCGCGGGUGUUUUACCGAGGCCGUACUUCGACCACGAAGACUUUCUCGAGCAGGAGACCAGGCACAAGUUCGAUCAGUUGGCCAGACUUCACGAGCUCUACCAAAGCAAACUCGCGCUCGCCAACGUCUCCAAUUCUGUGACUUACCAGAGAGAAAACUCCUCCACUGUCAACGUGCGAGACGCUCCAUCAGCGACCACCUUCCGUCCGCCAUCUCGCUGUCAAUCCUUGUCUCUUUCGGACGUCUUGUUCAACGACAACGCGAGCAAUCACGGCAGCAUCUACAGCGAGCCCGCUUAUAUAGCGGGCAAACCCGAUCAGGAAAAAAUCUGCGACAAUUGUCGUCAGAGCAUGUCCAGACCCGCCACAGCUUCUUAUUGGUACCCGAGCAGCGUCGCUCAUCUUGCAAGUCCAAGAAGGUACUGCGGCAAACUGGGCGACUGCAACAUCUCCAGCCUCAGGCAUCCGGACGGAGCGUCGAAUCCCAAUCUCAAGGAGGAGAUCGAAAGGAUACCCGGCAACGGAGCGUCCGGUUCGGAUCCCGAGGAGGAGUACAUAGAGGCGAAGAAGUUGUUCACGGCUGCCGAGAGAUCCGAGAGAACGGUAACGGGAAAGUCCGACAUCGAGGAGGAUUUAAAAAUUCAGGGCGGUACACCUAUGCAGUUAGCGAUGCCAUCUCCGGCUCCGUCCUCCGGACGAAUGCAACGCAAGAUCCUCAUCGGUUCCACUUUCGGUCUGAACAAGGAGGGUUCCGAUUCCGGUGCGGACACAACACCACGCGCGACCAAGCUAUCACCGGCCACGUUGUCUAGACAUCGCGCCGAGAGCUCUGGUUACGACAGUAUCGUUAGGGACAGCGAAACGAGCAGCAUCGCCAGCGACUCGUCCAGACAGACCGGCGCGUUACAAGAACAUCAAGGUGGCGCGCUGGGAGUUCUAACUUCGACGUUGUGCGGGUGUUUCAGCGGUGGAACGGCGGGCGGUAGGGUGCGGGCCUCGGCGGCGAGGACGUAG